GAAGGAGAGAGAAGAGUGAACGAUUAUGUACUUACUUACACGCAUACGUAUAUAAAUAUACAUAGAAAACAAGAAGCAUUAUAUGUCAUAAAAGAUAAGGUAUGUAAGUGUCGCGUCAUUUACAUACAAUUCGUUUCUUUCUUUCGUGAAAGUUUCGCGUAUAAAUAACGUCUGUUAGGAAGUAGGAACACGUUUGUGAGUAAAACAUUGGAAAGAUUUUGAAACAAACAAAAACAAUCCGAUCGACUUCAGGGUAGGCUGCUGAUUACCGAAUUAACAUUUGAGAAUAAGUGUUUUUCGAAACUCUUAAAGUUUCUGUGGAAAAAAAAAGGAAAAACAGUUGAAACGAAUAUUCGAGUCAACACGAGUCUCCACUUUCUGGGAACAUAAUUCCGAGUGAAGAGUAAGAGGAGGAGGAGGAGGAGGAAGAGGUGAGACAUGGAAAAGGAGCUCCGUGGGAACGCUUAUAAAGGAAGGAAGGAAGAGAGGAAGAGGAGAUACGAAAGUAGAGUCUCUAGGAAAGACGUAGAGGGCUGCGAAAGGACGAAGAGACGAGAAGUGAGGGAGUGAGGGAGAGUGUGUGUAUGUGUGUGUGUGUGUGUGUGUGUGUGUGUGUGUGUGUGUGUAAGGGGGAGAGAGAGAAAGAAAAGAAGGGAUCUACAAGUCCCCACUAUUAAAUUGCUCGAUGAGGGAGAAGAGAGGUAAGGAGGAAGAGAAGAGGAAGAAGAAGAAGAAGCUGCAUUGGGGGCGGUCAGACUGUCUUCGUUCUCAGUAGAUUUCUAACAUUCGCAUGGUAGACUUUGAUCCAAAUGAAAGAUAAUUAAAAGACUCGGUGAAUCCUUCGAAAAGAGAGAAAGAAAAGAAAAAAAAAAGAAAAAAGAAAGAUCUACUACUUAAAAGAAUUCCGAAGGAAUUAACUAUGGAUAUACAAUUCUGAUUUUCUUAAUGUUCUUCUACCGGAAAUUAUAAGAAGUGAUUAUUAACUGUCAGGGAAAGGCUAAUCUAAAACUGUCAACGGAGCCGAAGAAAACGUUCAUUCAGAAUACCGUUUUUAUUUGUCGAGACAAUAGAAAAAGAAUCCCAUAAUUAGAGGAUUCAAUGGUAGUGUAGAAAGAAAAAACAGAAGGUAUAAUACUUGGGGCGGUUCGCCUUGUCUCGAACACACACACACACACACACACACACUAUAUUUGAGAGAGACCAGUCACGAAAAGCAACGACUCACGAAGAGAGUCUUUAAAGAAGUUAGAAGGAGAACCUUCAGGAGAGUAUACCUUGGGUUGUCUGACCAAGAAGACUUCAUUCGUUAACUCGGAGUCCAAUCGUACGGACAGAUGGAUCAUCGAUCUAUCUUUAAUAAUUCGUAGAUCGAAUAUGUCAAAUUGUACAAUAGUUCAUUCUCACCCAUGUGAUACAUUGGAGGAUCAAAGUGUUCCAACUUGUGGUAAAGUUUACCACGUAUUCUAGACUCGACCUAGACUCGGCAAAACUUUCGAAGCAGAAGUAAUAAAGAUAUUUAUAUAUAAAUACAUACACAUACACACAUAUAUAAAUAUAUAUAUAAUUUCUCGAGAGAAAGGAAGAUAUUAUUAUCCUUGGAUGCAUUUUAAAAACAUUUCAACGCCAUUUUGACAUAACGGAGAAAGAGAGGGAGGGAGAGAGAGAGAGAGAGAGAGUGUACAUUAUUAAAUAAAAUUGAAGUCGAACGAUUCGCGUAUUUAAUUGCGGUCGAGUUUUUAACAUGAAAUACAACGAUACAUAGAUAUCUAAAAAGGAUAUCUCUUGGGAGAGAUAAAGGGAAACUUUCAUCGAGGUUUCUCGUGCCAGAUAAUUUCUCGAUAUAUUCGCGUUUAUCGGUUCGAUGCUCGUUCUAUUUGUGCUUAAGGAAUCGAACGGAAAACGUUUACGCGAGAAUCAUCUGUGGCACUUGGAAUACUACUUUCUGACGAAGAAUUUGCCGCAAGGACGAAGAUCAAGGAUCUACAGGAAGUUCUUCGUCACCCACGGAGUCUGCAUCUUACCGUAUAUUUUGAGCUACUUAUAACGGAUACCGAAAGAUAUAUACGAAGCCGAUAACUAUUUUAACAGCGACCGACAACAUCGUCGUAAAACUUUCGAGCAUCUCGUAAACGCAAACGAUUUACGAUUAGUAGUAUUGAACGGUCAUCAAGAGAUGAUCAAGAACGAUUUCAUCGUUGGAUACAUUAAAAGGAAGGGACAAAUUUUGUUCGAUCUCUUUUUAUUUGUAAAAAAAGAAGAAAAAGAAGAAGAAGAAGAAAAAAGGAAAUCGAUCGAAGUGGCCCAAAGCGGAUGGAACACGAAAUUACACUGAUCGAUCAAUCGAACUAACAAGAGUACGAACUAGGAUGGGUCUAUUCAAGAUCGCGUUGAUACUCUUGCUGGUAGAAUUCAGUCAUGCCAGGCCUCAAACAGCCGAAGCGGAAACGACUUUACGACAGGAAGUAACGACUGAGGCGAGCAACAAGGAAUGGAAACCACCAAGAUCGACGGAAAAAACUACCGAAAAUGUUCGUCGAGGUGACAGCAGGUAUACGGAGAACUCCGGAAAUAGUAGAAAGUCUUACAUUAUCUAUUAUCGCGAUACUAAUGCUAGCUCGUCGUUCAAAAGUAGAAAUAGUAGUAGCAGUAAUAGUAGUAGUAAUAGUAGUAGUGGUAAUAUCAGUGGUAAUAAUACUAGAGAGGAGGUAAGUUUAGGAUCGGUUGAUUCCGUUAGGGGCUCGUUCGACUGGUCCAAGUUAUUAAAUAGAGAAGGAUAUUUUCGAAGGAAUAAUCUUACGAAUGAAUUUCCAUAUCGUACUGCUAAACUAUUAAAUCACGAUAAACACGAUAGAUCGAUUUAUGCGUCCCGUCGUUUGAAUAUUUCGAAAGUCGAAAAUUUAGUUAAGCCGAAAAAUGUAGUAACCGGACUAGGUGAUCCUCGUUAUUCCAGGCUCGAUAAUUCUCAACGUAAAGCUUUGAAUAAUUCAGGAAAGAGAAGACUCGAAACGAAUGAACUGGCCUUGAACCAGAAUUUAAAGUCAGAAGAACAAGUAGAUAUACUGGAUCGCAAAAACAUCGCAGCAGCAUCGACUUAUAGAAACUCUGUCAAGGUCAGGCAUCAUGGUAGUACUCCUGUGAUGCUUUCUUCCAACCGGUUUGAUCAAGUCGGUGCUGUGAAGCAUCUUACGAAUACCAUAUCGAGGGAUCGUGGGAAUUACUUUACUAGAUUGACAUUCACUGAGAGAAUUAAAAAUGAUCAAGGAACUUUUUCUAAAGAGAAUGUUAAUGACCUUAACGAAUCGACGAAGAAUUCGGAAUUGUCGACGAACGUUAGGAAUAUUGUUUCUCGCUAUCCUUCGAUUAAUUUCAUGAGACAGGAUGUUAAUGUUGGUAAAAAAAACAAAACUGAUGUUUCCCAAUUGGAGGAUCAAAUCUUUCCUACUGAUUCCUUUUUAACAAAUUGGCCAAAUGAUUUUCCAAAAGAUGCCGAAGAUCUUUAUAAUUACGAGAGAUACACGUCCUUUCCAGAGCAGAUUCAAAAUACCGAUCAGCUGAUUAGUUCUAGCAGUAACAACAAUUCGAGUGUCCAUCAUCGAAUACCUGCCAUGCAAGCUGGUAUUCAGGAAAUCGUUCAGUGGAUGAAGAUUCCAGCGUUUGCCUCGAAUAAAAGUCAAAUGUUGGAGGACGACGAGUUCGAUGGUCCAAUCAGUGUUACUUUUAAGCCACUUUAUGAUGAUCUCGAGCCCAAUCUCCCUUUGAAAACUUCGGAAAAUGAUAGUUUUAACCCUAACAAUGGUAAUACUUUACUCGAUAAAUUGAUAGACGUCUCACCAGGAUGGCAAACGUCCACGACAAAUUAUGAUCUAAUUUCAACGGCGUCUUUGCCGCAAAAGAAGCUCGGAUAUAAGCCUAUAACGCAAAUAACGCAAAACACGGUCGUUCAUAUUUUGAAAAGUCACUCGAAAAAGUCUAACAGCACUUUGGCAGGGAUAAAAGAUCUUCAAAAUAAUUCAAAGCCUAUUACUUCUGUCCAAGGUUCUUCCGUUAGUUCAGAUUCACGACCAAACGUAGAGUUAAUGUUCUUAUCGGAAAAAGAUAAGAUCAAAGAAAACGUUAAGUUCGAUGAGAAUUGUCCUACCAUCAUGAUAAAUUCGUUCACCAAAGUAAAUAAUACGAUUCAAAGUAAGGAAGGAUGUACGGAUUUGAAUAUUAUCAUUAAUUCACACAUUUUAAACACUAACGUGAUAAAGCCCGUGGAGACGAUCAUCGAUGACCCCAAUAACGUGAAUUCGUUUGCAGGUGAAAAUAAUAAAUAUGUAGGAUCGAUAGAAAAUGUUUACCCAUCCGUUCAAACUUACAAUUACGAGCCUUCACCAACCGCAAUUUACAAUCCUCCCUCGUACCAAGAUGAUUAUAUACCUCAGAAAGACGAGAUAUUUCAAUCCGAGGUCUCCUCCGAACCUAACUACGUUUCUUCCGACGUACCAACACUUCAGGUUGUCCAGAAUACUCAAGUAAGCGUGGCGAGCUUGAACGAUCAACCUAAUGACAUUGAUGGUUGGAUAUUUUCCGAAACACCAGGCGAAACUUCAGAAGGAUCUUCUGAUUCGGUUAAUGACGCUGUAUCUCCUUUGGAAGAUCAAGAACAACUUGCUUCCAUCGUUAGCGAUUUUUCUGAAAGUCAACAGGGAAAUAGUAACGGUGGUAUAGGAAGUUUGCAAGCCGCAGGACUUUCAAAUCGUCCUAGUUUGCCUAACGCAGUGUCACAGUUGAUCGGUAAUCGUCCUUCCAGUGGUUCUGCUUUAGGAUCUGUUAUUAGCAAUGACGAUGACGACGACGAGGACGACGACAACGACGACGAGGACGACGACGACGGCUUUGAUCUAUCCCCUAGUGGUGUUUUGGAAUCGAUAACCUCGACCUUCACGUAUCUUACGUUCUUCAAUCCAUUGAACUACAGCUUGUUCAGUCUAGCCGCUGCUCCUUUUGCCGCCAUCGCUGCUGGUAUUUUAGGAAUAGCUGCCUUUAUAUUUCCUUGGACGAUUCCAAGUGCCUUCGAUUUUGGUCGAUCUUCUGACUCUAUUACGAUCAGAUUUAGGCCUAAUCUCGAUGAAAUCGUUAGACACUCUUUGCAAAAAUACGAGCGACUGAACGAAUGGAAAAAUCUCCAGCACAUCAACCAGUCAUUAAGAACGGUCGCUACGCAAUUGCUAAAUGUAACGGGUCAUAACGAAGGGAUUAAAGAAACGAAAAUUGAAACGAAGGAUUCGAGAUUGAACGGGAAGGACGAUGCAUCUUUCGUGAAGGAAAUUAAUGCGGAGAUAAGUAAUCUCGAAUCGAUGGGAGUUAAUUUUGGUAGACCUAUGAAUUCGAAAUUUGGUUAUUUUGAGAGUAGUCAUCCUGGUCAGGCAAUGGUCAUGACCGAGGAAGAACUCGAGAAGGAAAUGAGUUCUACCAGAUUGAUGGCAGGUUAUAAGAAUCAUCCGACGACAACCGGCGGUAUCUCGACGUGGAUUUUAUUAAAUCCACCAUCGACGACGACAAAGAGCCUCACCGAGAACGAUCGACCUGCCACGCCGAAACAAUCUGAGAACGAUGUAAGAUAUACUUUAAAGCCGAUCGUGACUCAUGGGAGAAUAGAGAUAAAGAAUACGAAGAACGAGCAAAAGGUAACGUCACAAUUACCAUCGACUGCCUCGAUAGAGAAAGUCAUCUUUUCAAGUACGAAGAAAGGUACGAAUAAUAGUACUUUGAAAAAAAUUACUCCUGGUAAUAAUUCCUCGAAACAGGACGAGACAACGCAAUCUUUGGCUAAGUUAGAAGCCAUCGAAAGUACGACUUCGAAGGUAUCACGUACAACCGUUGCCUCGGCUGCGGAUAAUAAAGUAACGUCGACAGUAUCGACGUCUUCAGGUGCGACCACAAAAAGGAUUCAAAUUAUAAGAUCGACUUUAAAGGCAAAGCCCACGACGACUCCUAGACCCACUGUUCCAAAUAAAUCUGGUACAACGGCAGUUAAAAGACCUCAACAAGGCAAACCUAAGCCGUCUCAGACGAAAAGGACAACGGUGAAACCUGAAGUAUCGAAGAACGACAAUUCCUCCUCGACAGCUAAGGUUGAAAAAGUUACGUUCAAAGCGGUGCCGAUGAUUACAACGCCACGAACUAUGAAGAAUGAGAUAACGGAGAAACCGAUAUUCGUCACGAAGAUCAAGGCAUCCGUUCUAAUGGACACUCAAAAAACUGCACCUGUGAACGCUGAUGUUUCUACCGUUUCUAAAAGCAAUUUUUCAGAUACCGAUUUAAUCGAGGUACCGAUCAAAUCGAAACCUCUUGGAACGAGCGUAAGUAAUGUCUUGAAAGUGCAAUUGAAGAAGCCAAUCGACGAAUCCACUCAAAUCGAAAUAGAGCCAAUUAAACAGAACGGGACGAUUCAAAAAAUGACGGAGAAGAAACAAUCUGACAAUGAUAUGACUGACGUUGGCUUAAUUAAUCUCAAUGGUUCUAGCAUAGAUUUGAAAUUUGAUUUUAAUCCUGAACUGACGAAGAUCAGUACCGAAAUGGAUAGUUCAGCAGAUUCAUUGACAACGUCCUCCACUCAAUCGUCAUAUACGACAACGAAACGACAGAGAAACUCGAAUAAGAGGAAGAAGAACAAGAUUAGACGUCGAAGGCCAUCAAGCACGACACCGUUAACAACAACCACGGUUACAACGACAACAACGAUAGCUCCUUCACCGAUUGACGAAAUAAACGAAGUAUCGGCCGAACCGAUUCUUUUGGACAACGCUAUUCAAGAAUCAAAGGUCGAGCCAGAAUCCAAAAUAACGAAUAAUAUUACGAAGACGAAGAAGAAGCCGCCUCAAAAGGGAAUCAGUACGCAGAUUUAUAAUUUUCUUAGCAGAGAAGUAAUGCCCAGUUUUGGGGUGAUGUCCUUGCUCGGUCUUGGCCUGGGAUUAGCUUCCUAUUUUCUCUAUCCUUUUGGUGGAACAAUCACGCGAAGAAAUUAUGAGGUGGAACCGAAUUACAAGUACAAUUUAGAUGAAUACGGAGGUAAUUAUGGACAGAACGAAGAGGAAGUAUUGUCGAAAGUUCUCCAAGGUAUGACCAAUCAUGAGAAUAAGUUUGGUGCUGGAUCAGACGGGAUCAAGGAUUUCGAUAAAAAUUAUUAUCGUUAUCAUCAUUAUGACGGUGCGUACGAUACUCAAUCGAUAAGAAGGACGGAUCAAAGAUAUCCUUUACCAUCGUCAUCGCCAAUUUACAAGCCAACCGAAAAUACAGGGUCUGUGUUAAAAUAUCGUAAUACCGAUUACAGAUAUUCCGAAGUACAAACCACUCCAACUUAUUAUGAUCCACAAAAACAUAACGAAUUUGUGAUUGGUCAAGAUAAUACGGGAAAUCGACAAUUCGUUGUCGGUAACAUACCUAAAGAUUAUCCAUCCUUUACCGACAAACAUUCUACUUUAUCGACAUCUAAUAAAAAAGAUCCCAACGUUUUCCACGAAUCAACGGAAAGUGGCUUGACGCAAUUUGAGCGUGACAUAGCUCAAGGUCUCAACUUUCCACCAAAUACGGUGAACGGACAAGGCUAUCAAUCGGAAACGCAAACUUUACGACCCGAAGAUGGUUACGAGGAGAUCGAGAUCACACCUACUGCUGUGGCCGUUGAACAUGGACCUAGAUCUUUAAAGAUAAAACGUUCGAUCCUUAAUAAAGUGAAUGUUAUUAAUCGUUCUUCCAGAUCGAAAAGGGAUUCCGUUAUUCAAAUAAUCCCGUCAAGACAUGAACUAGAAAAAGAACAAAAAGAAGAGGACCUUAGCAAUGAAAUUCUGGAUAUUAUCGACUCUACUUUAUCUGGCGGCGAAGAGAAAAAAAUAAAAGACAACGAGGUUGACGAUUUUGUUUCAUCUAAGAAAAAACUUCGCGAGGAAUCUCAUAAGUAUCAUAAGGAAAUAGAUUCGAGAAAUGAGAUCCAAAGUAACGAGACCGAAAACGACACUAAUUCGAAUAAAAAUGUAUUCGACGACAAGACGGAGACCGUAGAAAAAAUAACGACUGGAAAACAAAUCGAUAAAAUGGAAGAAUAUUCGGGCAAUGGGUCUUUUGCAACUUCGACAUCUUCGUUGACGAGCGAGGUGUCUGAUGCAACUGAACGCGUGAAAGAUAUCGAAGAAACGACCGUCGAAUGGUUCGAAAAUACAACGACGAAAAAAUCGACCGAAGAAGAAGAAGUAGGAGGAGGAUUCAAUCUCUUCAAUUUUGUCAAAAAAGUAGCUGAAAUUAAGUUUAGAUUAGGCUUGACGAUUUUGAAACACGCAAGUGAAGGUUUCGCGAGAUAUCUGGGACACGUGCAAAAGAGGAUCAAUGGCGAGGAAUAGGAUGUAACGUACGUAUAAUGUUACCUUUCGAAAUUCACGAGUAGAGAGAAUUGUAUGUGAUUGAAGAUGCGACCAAAUUGUAUCGUCUCUUCUUCUUAUAUAUCUGCUUCAGCGUGUAUGUUUUAUUUUAGGAUUACGUAGAACCAGUUUUACACGUUUGUGUCUCAAUAUCAGUCUUAUUUUAAGCUGAUCGUAAAUAACUUAAUAACUUAAAUACCUUAAUGACGGCGAAACUAUCGCGAUUAUUUUUCAUAGACAACUCGUCAAUCGAACUUUAGGAAUAUCUUUUAAUAUCGUUAUGACGAUCAAGAAAAUCUAACGAAUAUCAAAACGAUGUUCUCGUGAUUGAUAGUAGAUUUGGCUCAAUUCAGAUGUUGACGCUUAUCACUGUGAAACCAUGAUGCUUGCAAGUGAAAGGGAUAAGGGGGAGAAGGAGGAGGAGAGAAAUAACGGGAUUUAGUCGUUUUUUUUAUCGGAAUUUUAUUGUUUCAAAGAGAAAAAGAAAAAAGAAAA